AUGUUUGGUUUUCUUGCUCUUGCCUUAAUCGCCGCUGUUGUGGCGAUUGAUGAAUCGGCCUGGCAGUUGGUGCCCGAUGGCAACGGACGACUGCAUCUGGUCAACACCAAUCCGUACGAUCUGCCGAAAUCGGACGGUCCUACGAAACGGUUCGUUCCCCAGCAGGACAUGAUCUUCCGCCUGUUCACCCGUGCCAAUCCCAGCCAGCCGCAGAUCCUGCAGCUGAACAACCCGGGCUCCAUCAGUGGCUCGAACUUCAACGCGGCCCAUCCGACCCGCUUCACGAUUCACGGCUGGAGCAACGAUGGUUCGCACUUCAUGAACGCGGACAUUCGGGAUGCGUUCCUGCAGCAAGGCGACUUCAACAUCAUCACCGUCGACUGGGGAGUGGGUGCGAUCGAUCCGAACUACAUUGCCGCCCGCAACUUGGUCGGUCCGGUCGGACAGACGGUUUCGCUGUUCAUCGAUCAGCUGAUCAGCGCCACCGGGGCUAACCCGGACAACAUCUACAUCAUCGGUUUCAGUUUGGGAGCGCACGUAGCUGGCAAUGCCGGUAAGGGCCAGCAGGGACGUAUCAACACGAUUAUCGCACUGGACCCGGCUGGUCCACUGUUUGCGCUAGGCCAGGCCGAUGCUGUGUCCCCAGCUGACGGUCGGUAUGUGGAGACGAUCAUGACGAACGCGGGUCUGCUCGGUAUCAACACUCCGUUGGGACAGGCCAAUUUCUACCCGAACGGUGGCCGCACGCAGCCCGGUUGCGGGACGGACCUUACCGGCAGCUGUGCGCACGACCGUGCCCCAAGGUUCUACGCCGAAUCCGUCGCCGGAGGCACUCCGUUCCGUGCGAUGCGCUGCGCUGAUCACGGGCAGAUCAUUUCUGGAAGCUGCACCUCGUCCGGACCGGAUGCGAACUUUGGUGGCCAACCGUCAAACUACGGUCGCGGCGUAACGGGUGUUUACUCUCUGGAAACGAACGCUGAUGCUCCUUUUGCGCGCGGCUAA